AUGGAAGAGAAAGGCUCAGCUGCCACUAGAGUUUAUCUUCAGGAAAAGCAAGAUUCGGACCAGAGUUUUUCCGGUACCUUUCUUCUCCUUGAAGGAAAGCUUCCCAGUAAUAACCUAGAAGAGGAAGAAAUGGACGAUGACAAAUGGAUGACAAAUGACAAUUGUCUUAGUGGAUCCUUAGAAAACAAGGGAGGUUUAGGAGUCCUUUCCCAGCUUGAACUGCUCACAGAUGUCAAAAGACUUCAUCAUUCAACCGAUACAGUGAACUCUGAUAUGCUGGUACUGCAGAGGCGGACAGGUUUAUGCGAAGAAGAUGACGUUGAAGUUCCUUUGUUUAAGAGUCAGGAUGGUAGCUUCAUCAACAAAAAUGAUCAUCGGAUGGCGUUGUCCUGCUCCUUAGAUGACGAAUUUUGUCACGUCAAUAGAAUGGCAUCCACUUGUAAUUCAGAAGAGGAAAUUUUGUCUGAUGAUGAGAUGAGGCCUUCUACUGAUGGAAAUUUUAAAAGAGAUGGUAAAAGUACAAUGCCUAAAGUAAGUGCAGAUUGCAAAUCAGGAGCUUUCUUCAAUAAAGAUGCUGGGUGUUCAUCGCAAUAUGGGGCCUCAUCAAAAUUGAACAGAUCAUCUAAAGGAAGCUCGGGCAAAUCUAAGCCCAAAUUUUUGUUCCAAUCCCGGCCACAGAAGAAAGAUUAUGCUUUGGUUGUCCAUGAUAAUUGUGAAACCUGCACACCCUUAUCUGUGCUUCCCCUAAAUGCAGAAUUAGACAUGCAAAGAAAAAAUAUAGAGUCACUGGAUGACUUAUUGGAGAAUUAUGGUGGAAAAGAAGUACAACAGUUCGAGGAGAAUUUGGUCUCAUCUGAAGUAGCAGUUGUACAUGAUCCAAAUGAGCAUUCCAUGGCUGAGGUUCUGGAUCACUUUCAGCAUACAAGUUCCUCACGAGGCAAUCCUAAAACGCUGCAAACAAAAAGACAAGGAUCACGGUUCUUACGGAAGAGAAACUUAUUGCUGCUUGGUGACAGAAACAUGAGCAAUGGCGACCAACCUGAGGAACUAGAUAGUGAUCCAUCUAGUGAUGAGGAUGUAAUAUGUAUUCCCCAGAUUCUGAAGUCUGCUAUACCUCAGAGGACCAUGGCUGACCAAUUUCAUCUAGCGUUAGGAGCUGUAUGCACAAAUGAGAGGCUAUCUAUUGCAAGGCCUAAGCAAUUCGGGUUAUCUGGAAGGUUGCAGCACGUGAUGCAAUGUGAAAAGGACAGAGAUACAUAUUUCUUGGAGAAGUCACAAACACAUGCUGCUUCAAGUGGUGAAGAAAGCUUCAUUGAUGUGAGAAUUUUGUCAAGUUCUUUGGAGGCCAAGCUGACUGUUUGUUUUUGUGCUUUACAUGGAGAUGAAGAGGGUUCUGAGUGCCUGAGCAAUCCUCGAGAAAGGAAGGGUACUGGUAGAAGGAAGUUUACUAUCAUUUUUAGCUCGAGAAUUUGUAAAGACGUCGAACUUGAAAUAGGGAAUGUUAUCCGCAUACAUCAACCUUGGAAGGAGGUACAUGUGAACGCGAAAGACGAGGCCAUCAUUUUGUGUGCAUAUUUCUCUCAGAUUUAGUCUUUGGAUCACAUUUUAUACCAAGAAAGGUCAAUAAAAUGGCCAUCAUGCCUGUGGAUGGAGUUUGAAAAAACAAAAUUUGAUCCUGUUGCUUCCAAAUGGUGACGGACAAUGCAGCUCUAGCAGAGAAUGAAGACAAACUUGGAACUAUUUUUGAUGUAUACUAGGUGACACUGAGGGAAUGAAAAUACUUGGGAGGAGACAGUUUCAC